AUGAUGAACAUGAAUCCGUUGACGCACUCACACCCACAUCCUCAGCCCCAUCUUCACCCUCAUUCGCAGCCCCACCUGCAGCAUCCGCAUCUCGGCCAGCAGCCGCCGCAGCUGCCUGUCGCGCUCCAAGGACAUCCCCACCCGGCCACCCACUUCGUGGAGUGCCGGGCAUUGCCGGCAAUCAACGAGACAUUUCCGCAAUUUGGCCAGCAUCGUCCGACGAUUGCGCUGCUGUCGCCGCUGGAUCUGUCGCUCCGGGCAGCGGCCAGUGUGGUGCCCAUUACGCCGCCAUCGACGCCCUCGCCACCCCGCAAGCGUCAGAGAUUAAUGUCCGAGGAGAAUUACCUGUGGCGGCCGCACAUGACGGGUCCGGCAGCAGGUCCUUCAGUUCCACCAGCUCCUGCUCUGGCCAUGCCGCCGGGUAGCAACUACUUCCUGCACCAGCAACAGGAGCCGCCGCAUCCCCAACAUCUGCAGCCGUACUCGCUGCGCAACUUCGAGGGGGCCGCCGUCGCCUUUAAUAAAAGCCAUUGCCCCGAGACGAAAAAUAACUUUCAGCAAAUUCCAACAAGUCAAUCGAGCGUGUCCAGGCGGCCCUCGCCCAUUUAUGUGGACGAUGAGACAAUCGUGUUGACCGAGGACGAGGACGAAACAGUUGUCAGUUCCCAUGACUACAAUGAUUAUGCCGCCACCGAGGAUACCGAGGAAGUCAACGAGGGCGACGAUGAGACGCUGCAGGUCCGGGUCAGCGGGGAUGAUGAAGAGGACGAUGAUGAGGAGGAGGUGUUCGUGGAUGUUUUGGGCAGCGACGAUGACGAGGACGGUAAAGUCGAAAAUGAGACAUUGGCCCAGGCCCAGACCCAGCUGGUGGAGACGCGGGCACUGAAGCGCAAUGAGCUGCUGUACGAGGACGAGGAGCUGCAUCACCAGGCCAUAGAUGGCCUGGCACGACUCUUUGACCGGGAGUUUCCAGACCCCGAGGUGGAGAUCACCCAGCUGUCCGAUGUGCAGAGCAACGGCGAGAAAACCUACACGGACUUGAGUGGCGGCAUGGCGACGGCAGAGUCGAUUGCUUCAAAUAAUCCGACUGCUUCACUUCCUCCUGCUCCUCAUCCUCAUCCUCUUCCUCCUCCUCCGCCGCCGCCCCCGCAUCCACCACGACCCCAGAAGGCGGAGCGUAAGCGUUCCAAGCUAAGGAAACACAUGGCCAUUGAUGAGGAGACCAUUAGUCCCGUGUCUGGUACCAUAAUCCGCAAGCUGCGCGAUGACGAGGAGCUGGUGGUGCGCAAAGGCGACAUUGAUCCGGCUUUCAAUGUGGUGGAAAUCACCGAGGAGGCCAAGGCCAUCCUGGCCAGCAUAGACAACAAGAUUGGUGACUAUCUCUGCCAGUUGUGCCGCACCGUCUACGAUGAUGCCUUCAUGCUGGCCCAACACCGAUGUCCCCGCAUCGUUCACAUCGAGUACAAGUGCUCCGAGUGCGAGAAGGUCUUUAAUUGUCCAGCUAAUCUGGCCUCCCAUCGACGUUGGCACAAGCCCAAGGCAGAUGCUGUCAGCGGAGGUUCCGUCGGUAAUCCCGGCAAGAAACGGCUUGUGGAGACCGGCGACAUUAUUGCGGAUUCGGUUAGAGCUGGCGAUGACAGCAACGAUGGCAUAUAUCCUUGCCACAUAUGUGGGAAGACAUUCCGGCGCCAAGCCUACCUGAAGAAGCACCAAGCCUCCCACCAGAUGCUGGAGAACCUAAAGAGCCUGGACUUCUUCAAGGCCCAGCAGCAGCAGCACCAGCAUCAACAACAGUUGGGCCACCCGCUGCCUGAUCAUGUCCAGCUCCCACAGGUGCCGUUGCCGGUGCCGGUAGCCUCUAGCACUGCCGCUCCUUAUGCCCCCACCCUGCCACGCCCGCCCUCUCAUGGACUGCCGCUCUAUCCACCGGCUGCUCCCGGCAAGAACUAUGCCACGGGUCAGCGGUUUCCCGGCUUUCCCUUCCAGCCCUUUGACCAGCGACGCUUCUAUUCUCUGGGUGAGUUCUAUCUGUCGCAGCACUUGGAGCGCUCCUCGGCCUUCCAGUAUGUCCAGGCCAAUCACCUGCGCCAGCUGUCCAAUGUGGCCCAGACUUUGCUGCCACCGCUGCCGGUCAAAUGA